UGCGCUCUUUGGCUUUUCCCCAAACCCAGACCCAAACCCAGACGCACCGCCACCCGAGUGCCGGUCCGUUAGGGAAAGGAGCCCGGUGCCGGGACAGCAGAGCCAUGAAUUACGCCCGGUUCCUCACGGCCACGAGCGCAGCCCGCGAGCCCUCUGCCAUCCGCGUCCUGACUGAUAUUCUGAGCAAGGCCCCCGAAUCGUUCAUCUCCUUGGCUCCCGGGUCCCCAAAUCCGAACAUGUUCCCCUUUAAGACGGCCAGUGUCACCAUAGAAAAUGGAAAGCCCAUCCACUUUGGAGAAGACGUGAUGAAGCGAGCUCUUCAGUAUUCGCAGAGCGCUGGAAUUCCAGAACUGUUGACCUGGCUAAAACAGUUACAGGUACAUUUGCAUAAUCCUCCCACCAUUCACUAUCCACCCAGUCAAGGACAAAUGGAAGUAUGUGUCACCUCUGGCAGCCAAGACGGUCUUUGUAAGGUGUUUGAAAUGCUGAUUAGUCCCGGAGACAACAUCAUGCUAGAUGAGCCUGCGUAUUCGGGAACGCUGCAAGCGCUGCGUCCACUGGGCUGUAACAUUAUUAAUGUGUCCAAUGAUGAACAUGGGAUUGUUCCAAAUUCCCUCAAAGAAGUGCUUUCUAAAUGGAAACCGGAAGAUUCGCAGAACCCCAAGAAAAAGACUCCGAAAUUUCUGUACACUGUCCCAAGCGGCAACAACCCUACUGGAACCUCACUGACAGCGGACCGCAAAAAGGAAAUCUAUGAGCUGGCAAGAAAGUACGACUUCCUCAUCAUAGAAGACGACCCUUACUUUUUUCUCCAGUUCAGCAAGCCUUGGGCACCGACAUUUCUCUCCAUGGAUAUUGAUGGCCGCGUCAUCAGAGCUGACUCAUUUUCCAAAGUGCUCUCCUCUGGGUUGAGAAUAGGGUUUAUAACAGGUCCAAAACCCUUGAUAGAAAGAAUUGUCUUACACACACAAGUUUCAGGACUGCAUCCCAACACUUUUACACAGCUUCUGGUCUCACAGCUUCUGCACCAGUGGGGACAAGAGGGCUUCCUGGAUCACGUACAGAGGGUUAUUCAGUUCUAUAGGAGCCAGCGGGACACAAUGGUAGCUGCUGCCAACAAGUGGCUGAGUGAUUUGGCGGAAUGGCAUGUUCCGGCUGGGGGAAUGUUUUUGUGGAUUAAAGUCAAGGGCAUUUCUGAUACAAAACAACUGAUUGAAGAAAAAGCCAUGAAGAAUCAGGUAUUAGUGGUGCCUGGGUACGCUUUCUUCAUUGACUGCUUGGCUCCUCGGCCUUUCUUUAGAGCGUCCUUCUCCAUCGCUUCUGCAGAGCAAAUGGACAUAGCUUUUCAAAGGCUUGCCCAACUUAUCAAAGAAUCUUUAUGAAGAAAUCGAGAUUACUCAUGGAUUUUAUCCGAUAAAAUAUCUCUAUGCUUUGGAUGGAUAAAAUGAUGAUCUUUAUUGAACUUAUAGAUUGAAUUUAAUAUGUCAUUUCUGUAAUGUAAUGAUAUAAUUUUAAAAAUCUUUAAUCCAUUAGGUUGACAAAAUAUCUUUUUAAUCCAUUUAUAUCAUUUGAUAAAUUUUCAGUUUAAAAUUAUUUUAUCUUUGGUUUUACUGUAAAGGACUCUGUAGGUUCUUUAUGGUUCAAAUUUUCUUUGAACCUAAUAUUUUACAAUGAUUUGUUCUAGAAAUUUAAGGUGGUGCUCUCUUUGGAUCAAAUGUUAAAUGUUCUACUUGUAAGAAAUUUUCUGUUGGUAAGAAUGUUAGAAUUUUCCCAUUAUAAAUGAGUAAAGGCACAACAGAUACUGUUAUACCAUACAAAUCUCUUUACAAAUAAAAUCCCACAAUUAAACACA